AAGGUGAUAUUUAUCGAAACACCAUAUAGAGUUAGGGAGUAUCGUUAUCCAUGUCUGUGUGCAUGGAGUAACUAACUGCUUCUCUCAAAUGUUGCUUCCUGCAACUCACUUCAACUUCCGCUCCUUUUCUUCUUCUUCUUCAUCACUGCACAUUUUCCCUCUGCAAUUCCCCAAACCCAAACUCAAAUUUCUCAUCCGUUGCUCCGAAACCGAAGCCGAAACCCUCCCCGACUCUGCCAUUCAGCGAAUAGCCGACAAGCUCCGCAGCCUUGGCAUCCACGACCAGUCCUCCUCUUCUCUUCCCGCUCCAGCCUCUGCCGCCGGCGAGAUCUUCGUACCGCUACCGCAGCACCUGCCGAAGCGGCGCGUGGGGCACACGAUCGACCCGAGCUGGGCGAAGCAGGAGGAGCGGGUGCCGACGCUUGCGGAGCUGAGCCUGUCGAAUGCGGAGAUAAAGCGGCUGACGACGGCGGGGUUGAGGAUGAAGCAGAAGCUGCGGGUGGGGAAGGCGGGGAUCACGGAAGGGAUCGUGAACGGGAUUCAUGAACGGUGGAGGAAUUCAGAGGUCGUGAGAAUCGCGUGCGAUGAUCUCUCUAGGUUUAACAUGAAAAGGACUCAUGACUUGUUGGAGAGAAAAACUGGAGGCCUUGUUGUUUGGAGAUCUGGAAGUAAGAUAAUAUUAUACAGAGGGCCUGAUUAUAAGUACCCUUACUUCCUAUCUGAUAAAGUUUUGAGAGAUGACCACAUUGAUGAUGCUUUGCAACAUAUGGAUGAGAAUGAUAAAAGUUGGGAUAAAAGAGACAGCCACUUGUCUGAAAAUAAUUCAGUGACAUACACUGGGCAAAGCUUAAAUGCCCAAACGGCUAAACCAGCUUUGAUACAAGGUGUUGGGACUCCCAAAAAAGUAAGAUUUCAACUGCCAGGUGAGGCCGAGCUUGCUAAAGAUGCAGACUACUUGUUAGCAGGGAUUGGGCCACGCUUUUUUGAUUGGUGGGGUUAUGAUCCUCUGCCUGUUGAUGCUGAUCUUCUACCAGCUGUUAUUCCUGGAUAUAGGAAGCCUUUUCGCCUUCUUCCAUAUGGUGUGAAGCCAAAACUGACAGAUGAUGAAAUGACCAAAAUGAGGAGGCUUGGCAAACAUUUACCGUGCCAUUUUGCGUUAGGUAGAAACAGGAAACUCCAAGGAUUGGCUGUUGCAAUUAUUAAGAUUUGGGAAAGAUGUGAGAUUGUCAAAAUUGCUAUAAAGAGAGGUGUGGAGAAUACUGAUGGUGAGGUAAUGGCUGAAGAGAUAAAGUAUCUGACUGGAGGUACUCUCCUUGCUCGGGAUAAAGAAUUCAUUGUUUUCUAUAGAGGAAAGGACUUCUUGCCAGCUGCAGUGUCAUCAGCAAUUGAACAACGGAGGAGUAUUGGACUGUAUAAACUGAAAACUGGAAAUAGUUUGUCAGUGACAGAUGCUCCAAAUCUGAAUUUUGGAACCAUAGAGUGUGAUUCUGAAGUACAGGGUAUGAACUUCCAGAAAGAUACUAAACCCGGAAUAUUGACUGGGGCUGAGAAAACUGUUGAAAGCACCAGCAUAAAAUUGUCAAUGGCACUAGAAGAGAAAACAAAGGCGGAGAAGCUUCUAGCAGAGCUGGAAAAUGCAGAGAGCCCCCAAGAAGAAGAAAUCAAUAGAGAGGGUAUUACUGAAGAAGAGAAAUACAUGUUGCGGAGGAUUGGCUUGAAGAUGGGUCCCUUCCUGUUACUAGGUAGACGGGGUGUUUUUGAUGGAACAGUGGAAAAUAUGCAUCUUCAUUGGAAGUAUCGGGAACUUGUGAAGAUAAUAUGUAAUAAAUGCCUGCAGGAUGUCCAACAGAUAGCUCAGACCUUAGCGGCAGAAAGCGGCGGAAUAUUAAUUGCAGUAGAAAGAUUGCGCAAGGGCCAUGCAAUCAUUGUGUAUCGUGGAAAGAAUUAUAGCCGGCCUGCAAGUUUGAGGCCUCGAACGCUUUUAAAUAAAAGAGAAGCAUUGAAGCGCUCUAAGGAAGCACAGCGCCGCCAGUCAUUGAAGCUCCAUGUUUUGAAGCUAGGUAGGAACAUAGACAGAUUGAAACUUCAAAUGGCUCAAGAUAUGGAGGCAAACAGUCAGCAGAGUCCUGUUGUCAAUCAACAAGAAAUAAUGGAGCAGCCAAUUGAGCUGAGUGAUAGUUUUGGAGCUCAUCAAGCUCAACCAGGAAAUUCCAUAAAUUGGAAUUCUCCUCAUGAACCUUCUGUCGACAACCAACAAGCAAUACGGGAGCAUUCAGUUGAGCUGGUUGAUGGUGGUGGAGCUCUUAAAAGUGAAGAUGACAAUUUCAUAAAUUGGAACCCUACCCUAGAAACUUCUGUUGAUAAUCCACGAGCAAUGCAGGGGCAGCCAGUUGAGCUGAUAGACAAUGGUGAAGCUCAUCAAGGUGACCCAGAAAAUUCUUCAAAUUGGAAUUCGCCUGAAGAAGCUCCUGUUGACAAUCAGGAAGCAAUACAGGAUCAGCCUGUUGAGCUGAUUGAUGGCGGUGGAGCUCAUCAAGAUAAGCCAGAAUCCUUGCCUGGUGCAAUUCCUAAAGAUACAGAGUUGGAUGGAUUUAGUGAUUCUGUGGUUGAUACUGAGCAUGACGUCUCAAUUAGCAAGGUAACGGAAUCAUCAAUCAUAUCGUCGAAGAGUGAUGCUGACCUUUCAGCUCUGGUGAGAGAUAUGAGCUCAAUUGAGUUACCUUCUGGAUCUGUAUAUCUUUCCAACAGAGAGAGACUUCUUCUGCGAAAGCAGGCACUAACUAUGAAAAAGCGGUCUGUCCUUUCUGUAGGAAAGAGCAAUAGUGUAACUGGUAUUGCGAAAGCAAUCAAUGCCCACUUCCGGAAAUACCCUCUUGCCGUGGUUAAUGUCAAAGGAAGGGCAAAAGGGACCUCAGUUCAGGAGGUGGUGUCCAAGCUAGAGCAAGCAACAGGUGCCGUUCUGGUCUCUCAGGAGCUUCACAAAGUUAUACUGUACAGGGGUUGGGGAGAAGGAGAGCAACCAAGCACUGCUAUAAAUGUUAAGAAAUUGGGUCAAGAGGGACCGGCAAAGCCCAAUGUCUCUCCUGAGCUCUGGGAAGCUAUCAGAAUUGAAUGCGGAUUGCAGUAACAAACAUAACAUUGCUGCUCAUUACUGAUAAAAAAACAUUGCCAAUUUUCUCAUCAACACAACACUAGGAUUUAUAGAGAUAGAUCUACUUAGUCCAAAUAAUUUGGGAAUUGCUGGAAAAGAAAUUGGAAAUACACAAAAGGAAGAGCUUAAGCGUCCAAACUUCUGUCUGUUUAAACUCUUGUAAUGGCUCCCUGAUCAAUUCAACCAUGGAUAGGUAAGUGUAGAAGUCCGUGAUCAACACUCAAAUAGCAAUGUGGCAAGUGACGUUGGAUAGUUGAUGUGGGCAGAGUGUUGAAUUUUUUUUUUCUUUUACAGCAAGUUAUGUUAAUAGUAAGAUAUUUGGGAUGUUCUAACCCUUCUACAAAAUAUAUAUAAAGUUUUUUCUUGGCUUAA